AUGGAAGAGCUUUGCUACAGCUUUGAGGAGGGAGACCCCACCGCGGAAUCUCUCCUCUGGGAGCCGCCAGAUCCCGACACUCAGCUGGAGAACUUUCUCCUGGAGUGCCUGGCAGAGCCCUCCUGGUCAGAACCAGGGGGUGCUGAGCUGGACAAGUGCCCAGUCGCCCCGGAGCCCCGCGGGCAGCCCCGGCAGCGCCGCGCCGCCAACCUCCGCGAGCGCCGGCGGAUGCUGGGCAUCAACGCGGCCUUCGAGGAGCUGCGCGGCCGCGUGCCCACCUUCCCCUUCGAGAGGCGCCUCUCCAAGAUCGACACGCUGCGCUUGGCCACCGCCUACAUCGCCCUGCUCGGGGACAUCCUCCUGUCCGGCUGCCACCCCAAGGCCUACGUGGAGCGGUGCCUGAGGAGCGGCGCCCACGGCCCGCGGCGCGCGGCCUGGAACACCAGCGAUCUGACAGCCCGCCUGUCCUGGGUAAAGUGGGAUUAA